UCUAGUUUCUAAAAGAGAUGGUGAAAGAUUCAGAGAGCAUAAUAAUAAAUUUGAGGUGCAGGCUAUGCUGAAGCGUGUGGUUCAUUCGUUAGGCCGGGUGGAACACAGAGAUAAAGGUUCCAGAAGGAAGAACCAUCAGAGUCAGAGGGUGCCAUCGCCGGAAUUGUACUCACAGUCGAGGGAUUUUGUUGUGAGGAUAACUCACGCGGGUGGACAUCAGGAACUGUAUAGACAUGCAGUUCCUGCGUCUAAGUUGAUGACAAAGUAUCCAGGGAUGUGUGUUGCACGGCCAGAAGUGUUCAGAGUGCCGCAUCAAUCGGUGUUAUGGAGAGAGGAGAUUCUGGUGCCUGGUCACAAAUAUAUCCUGAUCUCGUUUAAAGACGUGGAGAAGCUGAAACGAAAAAUUUCAGAGGAAGAGAAGAGCAAAGAGGGUGAUGGGGUGGUGGUGGAAACAAAGACCAGGUCUCCUAAGGAGAGAAAUGGUGUAGCAGGCCAUGAGACGCUGGAUACAAUCAUCAAUGGUGGAAACAGUCACAGAGAGAAUGGGAAAAUGAAAGAGGCAAAUGGAGUUGCAGGGCAAGGGUUGGAAAAAAGGACAAGUGUUUCUCCGAGAGGAGAAGGGAGCAACAGUGUUGCGAAAGAGGGAAUGGGGCUAGGUGUAGAGAAGGUGGAGUCAAAUGUGGAUGGUUGUUUAGGUGAAGGAGGUGUAGAGGACUGUUUUUACUCUGCAAAGGACUUCUAUGUCCGUAGGGAGAAAUCCAUAACCCCAAGACCUUCAAGACGAAAAGGAAUAAAAGGGAAGAAGCCUUUUGUGGCACCUCUUCCAAAGCCACGACCAUAUCGGAGCUUGGCAUGGCAACCUAGCCUCCCAACUGUGAGGGAACUCUCGCCAUGAUUUUGUGCUGUAGAGCUCUUAUUCUGCUAUUGAAUCACCGCUUUCUCUAUUGGAUAGCUGUUACACCAUUUUAAUAAAAUCAAUACAUAAUUCCCACCUUUUUUUUUAAUUGUAUUGUUUCCUUGUGCAUAAGGAACCUUGGCAUGUGUAUUAGACAGAAGAAGAAAAAAAAUGUGAGCCAUUUGCAUAAAAAUAUUGCUAACAUCGGCGGAACUUCUCACAAAUCUAACACCACAAAUGAAAGUGAGUUAUCUCGUUAUUUUGAACCCA